UCAUGGCAUAUGGCUGCGACACCGUUAGCAAUAAUGUGUGACUGUUUUCUUUAGCAGUGUUGUUUCUGAAGCAACAGUUUGCUUAAAAUAUUCCAACAGUUAGGAAGACUGUCCACCUAGUGACUGUCUGGUAUGAGCUCCGAUGAAAUUCCUGCUACAAACUCGAUAUCUUCGCUUUCAAAUUUGGUCGAUACUCCGAACAAUUCUGAUGUCGAUGGAUUGGAUCCCUUAGCGCUCGGGGCAUCUGAAGAAGUCAACACUUCCACAAAUGUUGAAACUGUACAACCAGAAGCUUUAGGCCUGCAGAAGAAAACUCCUCUGAAUUCUCCUUUCGUGUACAACGAAACCCCUAAAACGGCGACCGUAGUGAAUUUGAAUGGAGAACGUCACUUGAAAGAUACAGAAAGAAACGAUUAUGCCAACUGCGAUAGGGCUAAUGGCAACGAAAAUGGAACAAGCCCUAAUGUGACUGAUACAAUUAUUUCGACCACUGUAGUUUCCGAAGGGAUUUCGCUCGACUCAGCUCGCGGAAUUGUUGUCUUGGAACAAGUUGCUUUGGAACAAAUGAAUGAAUUAAUCGCCGGCGCAUCUCGGAUACAAGAUGACAGCUCUACAAACAGUGAAACGUUCGAAGAUUCUCGCUUUAGAACUCAUUUUCGAAGUGAUAGUCAGAAUUCGGACGGUUCUUCGACAGAAUUAGGCAUCACCAGCAAAAGCACCCAACAAAAGUCAUUAGAUUCAUCCGCCGACCCAUCCUUCUCAGUAGAGUUUGACAUGAGCAGAUUUGAAGAUCUUGAUACUAAAAAAAUUGCCGAAGCACUCACAAAUGAACUAAAAAAGUACUCUAUACCCCAAGCUGUUUUUGCACGCAAGGUUUUGAAUCGCUCUCAAGGGACUUUGAGUGAUGUUUUAAGAAAACCGAAACCUUGGAACGAAUUGCGAGGAGGCAGAGAAAUAUUCCGAAAAAUGAAAGAAUGGCUCGAUUUACCAGAGGUGAAAAGAAUUCCACAACUGAGGGCAGAAGCUGCUUUGGAACUUGAUGCUAAAGCCAGGAGGGAAGAAGAGACUGGUCCACCGAAAAAGAAAACAAGGUUGUAUUUUACAGACUCUCAGAAAAGAGCACUCUUUGCUAUUUUUAAAGAAACUAAAAAGCCUUCAAAAGAGAUGCAGAAUGCCCUUGCAGAAGAACUUGGGCUCGAGAGAGACACAGUUGCAAACUUCUUUAUGAAUGCCAGACGUCGACAUCCAGAAUUGUAGAGGUUUCUGAAUAAGAAUUCUCAGUUAAGUCAUAUGUGUACUAGAACUGAAAUGGUGGAGAAUCCAGCUUUGUACAGUAAAUGAUGGCUGUAACAACCUGUUGGUACUGCAUCACAUGUGUGUGUUCCACUCUUUGGCUGUGUGAGAUACAUUAAAAAAUGUAUCAAUAUGCCAGUGGACAUUGAACUGCAACUGGAGUGGAUAGUUCAUCAGAAUUUAACAAAGAAAGAAAGAUAAAAUGAAAGAAAAAAGUACACUUUAGUUUUGAUUUCACUACAUGUAUAACUAGAAAGAAAAUAACAGUGUAGUUACAUGUGCAAUGUUUCUCAUUGAAAAAUGGGAAAUUUGUAAUUGAAAAAAACAUGCUUGUCAGACUAGCCAGGAGCUUAUCCUAACCUUUCCAUGGGUGAAACAAUAUUACAUGGUUUUGCAUCUAAUUCACUUAAUAUAGUCAACUCUCUCUUUUAAACCUUGUACAUGUACCUCCCAAGAUUUAAAUGAUAAUUCAAUACUAUUUUAUUUGAGAAUUUGGUGUGAGAUCAAAUGGAAUCUCUUGCUGCUGUGAUUGGGUGAGUCGCACAUGCAUAGACUUCCCUUUGGCCCUUCAAGACAGUGAAAGGUUUACUGAGUGCCCAGUAGACAGACAUCUACCUUAAUUAAAAAACAGUUGCAUACUGUUCCCUGCUAUUCAUUUUAAAUAUUCAGAGAGCUAUUUCUUUCUCUUACUUAACUCUAUGCAAAGUGAACUUCUUUCUAAGGUGGACUUUUAGUGCCAUUAUGACUUCGAUCAUUUCAGAGAAAGUUGAUUAGAUUUCGGCAGAAGAAGUGUCAGGUUAUCCUCUGGAUACUAA